UAAGUAUUUAGAUAAAGUGAAAGAAAUAAUUAUAAAUAAUUAUGUAUAUAAAUAAGUUGAGAAAAUGAAAUCAAAUGUGGUGACUUCAUUUUUGGUGUUGUUCUUGCUUACAACGUACUUUACUUUUAUUAAUAAUGAAUUAACUGGGUUCAGUGGUCAACUAACAGAGGAUAUUUUUGUACCAACACCUGUUACACACAGCAUGAUUCCAAUUAACAAAUGGAUAGCAAGCAAUGAAAUUUUUUAUAACAAUGAUGUGAUUACAAAUAGAAAUAUAAGAAUACCAAAAGACGGUCUCUAUAUUUUAACCGGAAAUAUAAUUAUUAAAACUGAUGAAAGCAAUAUGUUUGAAGCAAUAUGGCAUAAUGAGCUAUAUCUGAAUUUUUGCAAGUCUAUAAAAUCGUUGAGACAAAAAACGACUCAAACAAUAAGCUUAGGAUGUUUUGCGCGACUUCGAAAAGGAGAAACAAUUUCAAUUUCAAUCAUAAACAAGUUCGAGUUAAAUGUUAUGAGUGGUUCAUCCAUUGGAUUACAAAUGGUCAGUGAAAUCGGACAUAUUCUUUAUUUUUCAUUACCGAUUCCCUUAUCAAACAACACAGAUGCCAAAGCUAAAUUUAAAAUGAAAGAAGUUUUUUCAAAUUUUAACUUUUAUAACACUCUAACAGCUUUUGCUGGUAUGAAAACUGUUGAAAUACCUAUAUCUGGAAUUUAUAGUUUAUCUUUAAACGUAAUUAUUAAAACAGACAAGUAUGAAAGGAACAAAAAUAACAGGAGCGGAAACAGUCAUUUAUGGCUCGAACUAAAUAGUAAAAUUUUAGAAAGCAUAAAUAUCGAAUCUGAUGUAGUUGACACAAUUUUUAUUCAUAAAACUUUAUUGCUUCAAAAAAAUGAUGUUAUUACCUUUCAGUAUAUAAACGUUGAAUUACUUAGUGGUGGAUCAUAUAGCAUAACCAGACUUAGCGAAGCUGCUGAAGCAUCAAAGGGAAUUUCAGUACUGAUUCCUGAAAGAAUAUUUUUAGCAGAAACCUCAUUAGUAAAUCAUUUUUUGAACUUUGACUAUUUAGAAAACAGCGUGCAAACAAUGCCCUAUUUUUAUGGACAAUCUUCUUUUUUAAGUCAUCUAAAUCAAAAUCCGAGUGAGCAACUAAACAAAAAUCCAAGGUUAAUUGUUAAAGACUUUGGCGUAUAUUUAAUAACACUACAAAUUGAUAUUUUUAUGGAACUUGGUGAUAUUGAUGUAAUCUUGCAUUCUGUUAUGGAAACGGAGAAAUCUGAAAUCAGUUUAUCAAGCGGACUAAGUGCGUCUUUUAAGUCUGCGAGUGUGAAAAAUAACCGGUUCACAUUAAACGGUUUUCUACAGUUGCGUAAAAAUUCUCCUUUGUAUAUUACUAUAAAAUGUAAAGAUUUGUUUUCAAUUAAAAACACGAGUUAUUUUUCAAUAACACCAAUAAAAAAUAAGAUUUUAGCAUUUUUUGGAUACGUAAAAAAAGCGGAAAAAGAUGAGCUUAUGUGUAAAAAUCAGUGGAUGCCAUUAAACGGUAUUUAUAGUCAUUAUAAUAAUACAAUGAGCAAUUUUUUGUCAAUAAAUCACAAUAAAUUUAUAGUGCCUACGAUCGGAGUAUACUUGAUAUUAAUUAAUGCGCUAGUCAAAUCACCAAGAACACGCGACGGUAAAAUACGUCUCGCUAUUUUUUUAAAACGUUAUAAUGAAGAGAAGGUAGCAAUAGCGGAUUUACAAAAUUCCUUAACAACUGAGUCCAAUGAACUGUGGAUAUCUAAUAUAUUUCAAUUAAAAUCUGGCGAUGAAUUAGAACUAAUGACUAAUUGUACAGAAGGCGUCCAAUUUCUUGACGAUGUUAAACUUGAAAUUUAUUUUUUAAUGCAUGUUGAGAAAUCUGAAUACUUUAUCAUUAAAAAACCGACAACCGGUAGUUAUUCCGAUACAAAAUCAUCUGAUUGGUCAUUACCCAAAAGUAUCUUAUUGGAUCUUACUUCUGGAGUAUACUAUAUUUCUCUUAGUUUUCUUUUGGUGCACAAAGCUAUUGAUGCGGAACCCGUGAUUUUGGAAACAUACGUUUACAAAAAUAGCUAUGAAAAUCUGAAAUACGGGUUAUACACAGUAUUAACAUUGAACAAAAAUAAUCACAACGAAGAUGGAUUUGAAACAGUGAAUGUAUGUGGUUUUAUGGAGCUUUCACAAAGCGAUAUUUUAUACAUCGAAAUUGUUUUUACCCCCUCAUUUUAUUAUAAGUACAUUAGAGAGUUUAAAAAUUAUCAAUUCUCCGCCAUUUUAUUUUCUGAGAGCCAUUUAACUAGCGUAAGAUUUAAGACAAUAGAACAAAAUGAUAAAGUUUUUACUUUUGUUAAAAAUAUGGAGCCAAUAGAAAAUCUACAAUUUACAGAAGAGAGAGGUGGCUUUAAAUCAGAUUCAGCAUCAUUUCUAGGACCAUAUAUGGUAGUGGAAAGGUCAAUGUAUAUGAUGUACGACGUUAGUGUUCAAUUGAAAAAUGUCAUUGGUGAAUUUGCGCUUUGCUUUCGCAUAAGACCAAGAACAAAUUUAGUUUUUAUAUCUAAAAAAAUAGUCAGUUAUAUAAAAAAGUCGAUUAUGCUUGAGGCUCACGGUAUUAUAGAUUUAACAAUUGGAGAAACCGUCCAACUAAUAGUCUAUGGCGAGAAACAAGAUAAAAUGAUAUUAUGUACGAGAGUGGUAUGGUCUAUGGUUGAAAUUCUCCCCCCGGCUCCACAACAAUCAUUUGUUAGCACUUUAAAGAAUUCCACAUUGAAUAUUCUUGGAGACUACUUAAAGUUCAAUGAAGACGAUAAAAGUCAUAAUUUUGACAUCGUGCAGUUUCAUGAUAAAAAUUCUGAUGUUAAAGAUCCUGAUCUAAAUAGUGAACUAACAAGCUUUUAUCAGAUUAGAGAUAAACUUAGUUUGGUAUUUAGAUGUUCUGAAACUCUUGAUGAUUUGGUGUUAAACCCUUUUCAACAUAUUUAUACAAAAGCUUCAAAUGAAAGAAACACAUUAUGGUCGUUAUUGAAUGAACCAAUUAUAUCGGUGUUAAUAAUUGAACCAAAAAGAAACGUUAUUGAUCUCAUAGAAAUAACUUUAAAUAAAGAAAAUGGCGAAAAUUUAAAGCUUUUUGAAGGUUAUAUUAUUGGUAAAAAAACUUUUAUUUAUGGCCACAUGUAUAAAGAUUCAAUACAAAUUCGUAAAAUAACUCAGGAAAGCAAAGCUCGACCUAACGUAGGAAAACAAACUGUUCACCUUGUUUUAAUGCCGCUCAAGCAGCAAUCACAAACAGAUGGAUUUUCAGCCUUAUUUUUAAAUGACAAAACCAUUGAAGUUUAUAAUAAAGAAGUUACGAUUGGUCCAUGGGUUGUAACCUCCCUUCCGUUUUUUGACUAUAGUUUAGGGUUUAAAAAUAACAGCAAUGUGUUUUAUGUGCAAGAAAAUGGACACUUUUUAAUUUCUAUCAACAUAGAAAUUGAGUUUAUAACCAGAUGCGAAGUAUAUGUGAUGUUAGACGAGAGUAUAUACUUUUUGAUUGGAGAUCAGCAGUCAAUAAGUUACACAAAUAUGUUAUGGCUUGAAGUAGGGAUGACCAUUCAAUUAAUAUUGAAGUGCAGUGCAAUAGAAAUAGUUAAGAUAAAGAAAUUUUCUAGCUUCUCGUUGAUAUUGCAUGCAUCAACUGGGACAUUUGACAUACUUUCUCAAUACACAAGAAUAAAAACAAACAUUAAUGGAGAAAAUUUGAACUUUCAAACUAACCACACGUUUUAUUGUUCACAUUCUAGUUUGUUGCUAAGUGACUUUAAAUGGAUUAAAGAUGGUCAGGUGAUACUUGAGAGUAAAUUUUCCCGAACUUCUGUCCUUGUAUUGAAUUUUGUUAAUCAAACUUACAAUGGGUUUUAUCAAUGUAUUAUGGAGAGGGGGAAAAGAGUUGAAGUUACACCUUUUAGUCAUGUACAAAAUACAGAUUCAAGACCUAUUAUAGCAUUAUCAUCCACCACAAUCUAUAUUUCAGAAAACAUCCAGUAUCCAUCAUUACUUGCAAUUGCUACAGUAAAAACAGUUAACAAUCAAAAAUUAAACCUUAAAGUAGUUUCAGAUGAUCAAAAAUUCUACUUAUUUCCAGAAGAGACAAAUGACUUUUCAUCAUUAUACUUAAAUGGGACAUUAGAUUAUGAAUCUAAACAGUUUUAUAAACUAAAAGUUUUAGCUACAUUUCUUAAUGAUAAAAAAGCAGUUCAAAUAGAAGAAAAAGAGAUAAUUGUUUACAUUACUAACGAAAAUGAUAAUAGACCAACCUUUACAGAUAAUACAACAGUAUUUUUUAUUGAAGAAAAUAUUAAAAUAGGAAGUCAAAUAACAAGUAUUAAAGUUGAAGACAUAGAUGGAAAUUCAAAUUUUACUUUUCAUGUAAUCACAGGAGAAAAUGACCAACAAUUUUUUAAAAUUAUUCCAAACACUGGAGACAUGAUUAUAGAAAAAGAGUUAGAUUUUGAGGAAAUUCAAGCUCACAAUCUUUUAGUUAGCGUGCAUGAUGGGUUGCAUACAUCGUUUAAACAUAUCAAAGUUGUUGUUUUAGACAUAAAUGACAACCUGCCAGAGUAUUUGGAAUACAUUUAUGUUGUCAACGUUACUUUAGACACUCUUCCAGGCACUCAUUUACUGAGCCUAAAAGCAGUUGAUAAAGAUUCUGGUAUGUUUGGCGAGUUACACUUUAGCAUAACGUCGGGAAACAUUCCAAAAACAUUUGAGAUGAUGCAAAAUGACCUAGUUUUACAUAGGAAAGUUCCGGCUGAACAAAAUUUUAUACUUACAGUUGAAUUGAGGGACGGUGGAGGUCUUAAAUGUGAAAAAGAAGCGCAAAUUCUUGUUCAGUUUAUAGAACAACACACAGGUUCUUAUUCAAUUUUUGAUGCAUCAGUUUACAGUGUGGCACUUGUGGAAGCGUUUCAUGGAGAGCGUGAAGUCAUUCAUCUUAGUAUAAACUCUGGAGUGAAAUUGUUUUCUUUAACAUAUGAAGUUGACACAUUAGGAAAGUUCAGUAGCUCUGAGUUUUAUGUGAAUAGCAAUGGAAUAUUGAUGACCAACGCAACGAUUGAUUAUGAAACAAUUAUUGAGUUUCACGUUUUGAUUAGUGCAUGCAUUCAAGUCAAGAGCGGAAGAUUAUGCAGCAUGGCGUAUGUUGCUGUAAGAGUGACUGACAUAAAUGAUAACUAUCCAAAAUUUAUGGAAGAAACGCUUGCCAUCAGUGUAUAUGAGGACACGCCUAUUGGUGACAGUGUAACACAAGUAAGUGCAUCUGACAAAGAUUCAAUGAAAAAUGGUGAAGUUUAUUAUUCUUUAUUAAACCAUGAAGAUACUUUUACGAUUGAUAAGUUGACAGGAGUUGUAACAUUAAUCAAGAAAUUAAGCUAUUCUGAAAAUACGGAGUAUGUUUUAAAAGUGAUGGCGACUGACCAAGGUUUUCCACCUCUAUCUAGUUAUUGUACAGUAGUGGUUAGUAUUUUGUUAAAAUUGACUGAUGUUGCAAGCACAAAGGUUUCUGAAAACAAAAGAGUGCCUCAGUUUACGAACAAAGAAACAAAGUUUGAAGUUUCUGAAAAUUCGUUAAUUGGUACUUUAGUGACAAAAAUGAGUGCUGUUGAUCCUGACGAAAACACAAAGCUUACUUUUAGUUUAGUUGAAAUGCUAAAUGAUCCAUCAUUUUUUAGCAUAAACCAGAAAACAGGAGUCAUAGUGACUGUCAAAGAAUUGGAUUUUGAAAAGACCAAAGAACACAAUCUUUUAGUUAGCGUGCAUGAUGGGUUGCAUACAUCGUUUAAACAUAUCAAAGUUGUUGUUUUAGACAUAAAUGACAACCUGCCAGAGUAUUUGGAAUACAUUUAUGUUGUCAACGUUACUUUAGACACUCUUCCAGGCACUCAUUUACUGAGCCUAAAAGCAGUUGAUAAAGAUUCUGGUAUGUUUGGCGAGUUACACUUUAGCAUAACGUCGGGAAACAUUCCAAAAACAUUUGAGAUGAUGCAAAAUGACCUAGUUUUACAUAGGAAAGUUCCGGCUGAACAAAAUUUUAUACUUACAGUUGAAUUGAGGGACGGUGGAGGUCUUAAAUGUGAAAAAGAAGCGCAAAUUCUUGUUCAGUUUAUAGAACAACACACAGGUUCUUAUUCAAUUUUUGAUGCAUCAGUUUACAGUGUGGCACUUGUGGAAGCGUUUCAUGGAGAGCGUGAAGUCAUUCAUCUUAGUAUAAACUCUGGAGUGAAAUUGUUUUCUUUAACAUAUGAAGUUGACACAUUAGGAAAGUUCAGUAGCUCUGAGUUUUAUGUGAAUAGCAAUGGAAUAUUGAUGACCAACGCAACGAUUGAUUAUGAAACAAUUAUUGAGUUUCACGUUUUGAUUAGUGCAUGCAUUCAAGUCAAGAGCGGAAGAUUAUGCAGCAUGGCGUAUGUUGCUGUAAGAGUGACUGACAUAAAUGAUAACUAUCCAAAAUUUAUGGAAGAAACGCUUGCCAUCAGUGUAUAUGAGGACACGCCUAUUGGUGACAGUGUAACACAAGUAAGUGCAUCUGACAAAGAUUCAAUGAAAAAUGGUGAAGUUUAUUAUUCUUUAUUAAACCAUGAAGAUACUUUUACGAUUGAUAAGUUGACAGGAGUUGUAACAUUAAUCAAGAAAUUAAGCUAUUCUGAAAAUACGGAGUAUGUUUUAAAAGUGAUGGCGACUGACCAAGGUUUUCCACCUCUAUCUAGUUAUUGUACAGUAGUGGUUAGUAUUUUGUUAAAAUUGACUGAUGUUGCAAGCACAAAGGUUUCUGAAAACAAAAGAGUGCCUCAGUUUACGAACAAAGAAACAAAGUUUGAAGUUUCUGAAAAUUCGUUAAUUGGUACUUUAGUGACAAAAAUGAGUGCUGUUGAUCCUGACGAAAACACAAAGCUUACUUUUAGUUUAGUUGAAAUGCUAAAUGAUCCAUCAUUUUUUAGCAUAAACCAGAAAACAGGAGUCAUAGUGACUGUCAAAGAAUUGGAUUUUGAAAAGACCAAAGAACACAAUCUUUUAGUUAGCGUGCAUGAUGGGUUGCAUACAUCGUUUAAACAUAUCAAAGUUGUUGUUUUAGACAUAAAUGACAACCUGCCAGAGUAUUUGGAAUACAUUUAUGUUGUCAACGUUACUUUAGACAUUCUUCCAGGCACUCAUUUACUGAGCCUAAAAGCAUUUGAUAAAGAUUCUGGUAUGUUUGGCGAGUUACACUUUAGCAUAACGUCGGGAAACAUUCCAAAAACAUUUGAGAUGAUGCAAAAUGACCUAGUUUUACAUAGGAAAGUUCCGGCUGAACAAAAUUUUAUACUUACAGUUGAAUUGAGGGACGGUGGAGGUCUUAAAUGUGAAAAAGAAGCGCAAAUUCUUGUUCAGUUUAUAGAACAACACACAGGUUCUUAUUCAGUUUUUGAUGCAUCAGUUUACAGUGUGGCACUUGUGGAAGCGUUUUAUGGAGAGCGUGAAGUCAUUCAUCUUAGUAUAAACUCUGGAGUGAAAUUGUUUUCUUUAACAUAUGAAGUUGACACAUUAGGAAAGUUCAGUAGCUCUGAGUUUUAUGUGAAUAGCAAUGGAAUAUUGAUGACCAACGCAACGAUUGAUUAUGAAACAAUUAUUGAGUUUCACGUUUUGAUUAGUGCAUGCAUUCAAGUCAAGAGCGGAAGAUUAUGCAGCAUGGCGUAUGUUGCUGUAAGAGUGACUGACAUAAAUGAUAACUAUCCAAAAUUUAUGGAAGAAACGCUUGCCAUCAGUAUAUAUGAGGACACGCCUAUUGGUGACAGUGUAACACAAGUAAGUGCAUCUGACAAAGAUUCAAUGAAAAAUGGUGAAGUUUAUUAUUCUUUAUUAAACCAUGAAGAUACUUUUACGAUUGAUAAGUUGACAGGAGUUGUAACAUUAAUCAAGAAAUUGAGCUAUUCUGAAAAUACGGAGUAUGUUUUAAAAGUGAUGGCGACUGACCAAGGUUUUCCACCUCUAUCUAGUUAUUGUACAGUAGUGGUUAGUAUUUUGUUAAAAUUGACUGAUGUUGCAAGCACAAAGGUUUCUGAAAACAAAAGAGCGCCUCAGUUUACGAACAAAGAAACAAAGUUUGAAGUUUCUGAAAAUUCGUUAAUUGGUACUUUAGUGACAAAAAUGAGUGCUGUUGACCCUGACGAAAACACAAAGCUUACUUUUAGUUUAGUUGAAAUGCUAAAUGAUCCAUCAUUUUUUAGCAUAAACCAGAAAACAGGAGUCAUAGUGACUGUCAAAGAAUUGGAUUUUGAAAAGACCAAAGAACACAAUCUUUUAGUUAGCGUGCAUGAUGGGUUGCAUACAUCGUUUAAACAUAUCAAAGUUGUUGUUUUAGACAUAAAUGACAACCUGCCAGAGUAUUUGGAAUACAUUUAUGUUGUCAACGUUACUUUAGACAUUCUUCCAGGCACUCAUUUACUGAGCCUAAAAGCAGUUGAUAAAGAUUCUGGUAUGUUUGGCGAGUUACACUUUAGCAUAACGUCGGGAAACAUUCCAAAAACAUUUGAGAUGAUGCAAAAUGACCUAGUUUUACAUAGGAAAGUUCCGGCUGAACAAAAUUUUAUACUUACAGUUGAAUUGAGGGAUGGUGGAGGUCUUAAAUGUGAAAAAGAAGCGCAAAUUCUUGUUCAGUUUAUAGAACAACACACAGGUUCUUAUUCAAUUUUUGAUGCAUCAGUUUACAGUGUGGCACUUGUGGAAGCGUUUCAUGGAGAGCGUGAAGUCAUUCAUCUUAGUAUAAACUCUGGAGUGAAAUUGUUUUCUUUAACAUAUGAAGUUGACACAUUAGGAAAGUUCGGUAGCUCUGAGUUUUAUGUGAAUAGCAAUGGAAUAUUGAUGACCAACGCAACGAUUGAUUAUGAAACAAUUAUUGAGUUUCACGUUUUGAUUAGUGCAUGCAUUCAAGUCAAGAGCGGAAGAUUAUGCAGCAUGGCGUAUGUUGCUGUAAGAGUGACUGACAUAAAUGAUAACUAUCCUCAGUUUUUGCAUGACGUUUAUAAUGUUUCUAUUUAUGAAAAUAUUUUAAUUGGUGAACUGAUUGUGAAUGUAAUAGCAAUGGAUAUCGAUGGAAAUGAAAAUGGAUUAGUAUCCUACUCUUUAUUAAAUUUUGAAGAAACAUUUAGAAUAGACAAAAUAUCCGGUAAAGUUUAUUUAGCAGAAAGUGUUAGCUCUAAGUUGCGUAAAGAGUAUAAGCUUUUAGUUGAAUCUUAUGAUCAUGGAACACCUUCUUUACGAUCCAACUGCACCGUUUCAAUUAAUGUUUUACCUAAGUUAGUUUCAAAUUGUGAUUUGCAAGAAAUUUCUCAUCACCCUGAAAUUUUUAUAAAUUUUACAUCAAAACUUUUUUUGCCAGAAAACUCACCAAUUGGCACUUUUCUUACUAGAAUAGAAGGAUUUGUUUUUGAUCUUAAUCAAAGUCUAACUUUUGAUUUAAUUGAAUUUAGUGAAGAUAUGUUGUUUUUUAAAAUAAAUAAAUUCUCUGGAGAACUCGUAACAGCAUCUGUAAUUGAUUAUGAGCAUAUUCAAGAACAUAAUGUUAUUAUUAGUGUACAUGCAGGUUUUUAUUCAACAUUUCGACGAAUUAAAAUUAUUGUAAUUGAUGAAAAUGAUAAUAAUCCAGAAUUUUUGGAAUAUGAUUACUUUUCAAAUAUUGACAAUGAAACGUCAAUUGGUACUGAGUUAGUUAUGUUGAAAGCCAUUGAUAAAGAUUCUGUGUUGUCCCAAAAAUUGACAUUUAUAAUAACAUCUGGCAAUGAAUUAAAUUGCUUUGGUAUUGAAAUCAAUAAAGUUAUCUUAAUGUGUCCUUUAAAUUAUGCUGAUAUAUUUUUAUUACAUGUUUCAGUAUUUGACAGUGGUGGAAGAAAAUCUAAUCGUAAUGCCCAUGUCACUAUCCGUGUUAAUACUGAGAGUUUUAAUUCCAUUUCAUUACUGGAUAAGUUUAUUUAUAAGGUUCGCAUAUUGGAAAAAGUAAAUGAAGAAUCCCAAAUUGUAAAACUUAAAUUGAAUAAAAAGUUAAGAAAAUUUCCAAUGACAUACAGAUUUGUUACUUAUGGAAAAUAUAAAAGUUCUGACUUUUAUGUCAGUAGCAUGGGAUGGGUGACUAUUAAUGCAACUGUAGAUUAUGAAAAAACAAAGGAUUUCUACAUUUUAAUAACGGUGUGUGCCAAUUAUAUGAAGUAUGAGUUAUGUGGACUCGCCUAUGUUUUUAUUAAUGUGGUUGAUAUGAAUGACAAUGCACCAAAGUUUUCUUUGGAAAAUCUUGAAGUAAUUGUUUUAGAAAGCACUCCAAUAGGUAGCAUGAUUGCUCAAGUUACAGCAACAGAUUCUGAUAUGUUGAAUAAUGGUGAAAUAUUUUACACCCUUUGGAAUUACACCGAUGUAUUUUCAAUUGACAAAGAUACCGGAAAGAUUUUUUUGCUUCGCGAUUUAAAGUUUUUUGUAGAUAAAACUUUUAAUAUCACUGUUGAGGCAACUGAUAAUGGUGUGCCAAUUUUAUUUUCAUUUGUUAAAUUGUUUCUUACAAUUGUACCUGAGACAAAAACAACAUUGGUUUCAAUUGAUUCUUAUAAUAAUAAGGGUCCGCCCUUUUUUUUAAACUCUAAUAUAACAUUUGAAAUAGAUGAGAAUUGUCCUAUAGGUACUUUUGUUGGAACUGUAAAAGCUUUUGAUUCUGAUAAAAACUCCAAACUUGUUUACAGAAUAAUUACUUUUUCAAAUAAACAUUUUUUUAAAAUAAAUAGUAGCACAGGUGAUUUACUUACGGCUGAUUUUAUUGAUUUUGAAAAAUUCCAAGAACAUUACUUUUUAGUUUUUGUUGAAGACAGUUUGUAUAUGUCUUAUCAAGAGGUGAAAGUUAAUGUGAUUGAUAAAAAUGAUAAUAAACCGGAAUUCUCUGAAUAUUUGUAUGAAAUCAAAAUUAGCUUAGAUACCAAACCAGGAUCUCUAUUGCUAAGACUUACAGCAACUGAUAAGGAUUCUGAGAAAUAUAAUAAGCUUGAGUACAAAAUAGUUGCAGGCAACAUAAUAGUUGCAGGGAACAAAAUAGUUGCAGGGAACAUAAUGGAUUAUUUCAUUCUAAAUGAGAAUGCAAUAUUUUUACAUCGAAAUGUUAAUAAUGAUCAAACUUAUGAAUUAAUUAUUUCAGUUACUGAUGAAGGAGGUCUAGAAAGUGAAAAAUGUGCUAAAGUGAUUAUUUCUUUUGUAGAUGAACUAAGUCAUUCAUUUUCUUUGUUUGAUAGAUAUAUUUAUAAUGCAAGUAUUUAUACAAGGUUUAAAAACACAAAAAAAGACUUACGUAUAGUUAAACUUGAACUCAAUUCGAAAUUUGAAAAUGUUGAAUUAACUUAUGAUAUCAAUGCUAUAGGUAAUUAUGAAAACUCUGCCUUUUAUGUUAACAGUGAUAAAUGGUUAAUGACAAAUGUAUUGUUAGAUUAUGAGUAUUCAAAUGAGUUUCACAUAUUAGUUAUGGCUUGCACUAGUCCUUUUCAAAGAAGACUUUGUGGUUUAGCUUACAUCUCGAUAAAUAUUCUUGAAAAUAAUAACAGUGAACCAUUUUAUUAUGUUAAAGAAUACAUUAUAACUGUUGAGGAAAACACUCCAGUAGGUCAAAUGAUUGUCCGAAUUCCAGCAUUUGAUACAAUAAGUUCACCAAAUCAUAAGCUGUAUUAUACUCUCACAACUUACAAUGAUAUCUUUUUACUUGAUAAAUAUGGUAGACUUUUUUUAAUUGGACAGUUGAACUUUUCUCUUAUUAGUUUAUAUAAUAUUACUAUUCAAAGCAUUGGUAAAAAGCAAUCGGAUGGUUUUACUUUGCUUGUUAAAGUGGAGCCAAUUAACUUGCACAAUCAAACACCGAGAUUUUAUUAUUAUUCAAGUUUUUUUGUGAAAAAUAACUGGAUUAUAGUUGUUAUCGUAGCUUUUCUAGUUCUUGUUUUUGUUUCAUUGUUGUUGUGCUUCAAACAUUUAAGAAAAAAAAAGUUUUUAAACAGCAUGCUUAAGAAAAGGCCAAAAAAAGAAAACCUUGUUGAACUGCAAAAUAUACUGAAGUACCUUUUAAAACCAGCCGAAUCGAUUGAAGCAAGUAUUUACUUCUCAUCGGAAUCUCUUCAUUCCGCUUUUAAUUCAUCGAAGUUCCCACGAAAAUGGCCGGUUUUAAAAAGUGCAAUUUCAAACAAUGAUCUUUCAUCGAAAGUCACUGGUAUCGGAAGCGAAAAUUCAAAAUUAUUAAAUAAUAUUCAAAAAAAUGAUUUUAAUAAAACUGGUUUUAUUAAAAGUAAAAAACCAAGUCUUUUGGAUUUAGCUCUAAGUAAUUCUCGAAUGAAUAAUGGUUUGCCGCAACAAUAUAGGACUAAUAAUUUUCCGCAACCAGAUACGUUUUAUGGUUCACCAAAGCAAUAUACGGUUAACGGUAUAUCUUCCAACCAAAAACUGAAUGCAGCACAACCUAUUAUAAAUAAAGAAAAAUAUAUUUUUAAAAACGGUAUCGAAUUGAUAGAUAUUUUUGAUAAAAUAGAGGAGUUUGAAUGUUAAAACAAGAAACAUAUGUUUUAAUAUUUAUAAAUAAUAAUAAUUUAUUUAUAAAUAAAUAUUUAUAAAUAAUAAAUAUAUUGAACAAAUUAUAUUGUUAAAGC